AUGAGCUCAACACCGGUUCUGAGACCGCGGCGAUUUUUCGGUCCAUUUCAGUUGCUCGUUCGAAUUUGUGGCCUCGAUUUGACGUAUUCGAUAUUCACAUGGAAAGAGGCGAAACAAGCUGGUGCCACUUGUCGAGCGAUUUUCUUUACAAUUACCACCACGUUUAUCAUGACGAUACUUAUCAUGGAUUUGAUUGCAAUUGGGAAAACGGAAAAUGAUUCCUUUUCAAUACAAUGGCUUUUGACAAAUCUUAAAUUCGGGAUGGUGCUUCACGGGGUGGCCUCAGCUGGAUUCAUGGCAGCUUUGACGGCAAAACAUGUCUUUCAACAACUUGAGCAACAGUAUGCUGCUCUUUCGCUGAGAAUUCCCUCAAAUACCCGAAUGCGAGCCGUUGUGUUGACGGUAAUGUUCGUAUUCACGAUUAUUCUAAUGUUGGUUGUGGUUUCAAAUGCGGCCGACGAUACGUCAACGUGGAUUAAAGGCGGUUCGCCCAUAUCAUUCAAGAACAUUUGGGGAGCUGAUCCGUUCAUUCGAAUCGUUUGCGGAUUAUUCUCAUGCCUUUCCACUGUGAUCUACAUUUUGGCAUUUGGUGGUAUCACUCAACAAUUUCGUGGCUUCAAUGAAGAGCUACGGACUGCAGCCAACGAAGCUGAUUUGACAUACGACUCACUAAUCUCGUUUGUUCAAAGACAAAAGGAGUUGCUCGCAAUGGUUCGCUAUGUCAAUGAUACGUUUGGAAAACUCGUGAAUCUGGGAGCGAUUGGAGCCUUUAUUGCGCAUGUAACAGCUGUAGCAAUCUUUGUCGGCCAUCGUUCGAGUUUAACGGGCGGCCAAGUGGCGUUGAUGAUUGGCUAUUUGGUGAUUAGCGGUAAUCUAAUGGCUUCACUUUUGUAUGUCCCUGGAAUGCUAAAUGCUCAGGUACAAGAACUUCGAGACAUUUUGAUAUUGAAGUCGAACGUCGGGUUGAGCAAGAAUGAGAUGUUACUCCCACUUGUGAAUCACAUGGUGCAAAGGGCCGAGGCUCCGGAGAAUAAAUUGUGCUUCUUGCACACGUUCUUGAUCGAUUUACGCAUUGCUCACAGGCUAACGCUAACAAUGCUCCCACUCAGCAACAUCCUCAUCUUUCUCGGUCGCAUCUACGGUGUUCAGCAA